CGACCGAGGUAAACGAUACAAUACAUGUAAUCUGGAUCUUAGUUACUCGGUUGAGGUUCUUUCAUUGCAUUUAUUACUGCUGAUCUGGUGUCGUCUGCUAAGAGAAAUCGUAAGUUUGUUGUGAUUUAACUUGAUUUGAAGGAAGGAACCCUAAGUGGACCCAAUUACAGUAACCACAAUUAGUCGUUUGAUGAUCCAGUUCGUUACACGUACGACUUAUUCUAUCAGAGGCGAUUUUCAUACAAAUAUUUGGAGUUGUGUCAAUUAAAGGAGAUAGCAUCGACAAAUGGCAGAUCCCGGAAACUAUUUCACGCCAAAUGAAUUACAGAAACUGCAAAAUAAAUGCCUGAAAUUCAUAAGACAAACGGACAAAAGGUUUCUACCUAUCAAAAACAUGUGGAGGGAUAAACCAAUUCCUUACUGGGAGAACAUCAUGGACGCAGAACUCGGGCAAAUGGUUCCUUAUAUCAAAGAUCAUAAUGGUGACCCCAAAUCCUCCAUCAAUGGAAAUAUUGAUGGUUUGUUCUUCAGCUGUGGCUUGUACAGAAAAAAUGGACGACCCCCGUGGUUCUCGUUCUUCGGAAAUCGUAGACUUUACAUUUCCUCAUCAGCCAUUUUCAAGAGAACCAUGCGACUUUACUUUGCAGACUUCUACUGCCAUUACAAAAUUCACUACGCGACAUUGGUGCUCACGAGACCGAAUUCUACGCAAGACGUAUUCUGCCGAGAACACAAUCUUUCCGAAUUAGACAUACAGAACAACCCUUUUCUGAAAAUUCAAAUUGCAAACGGCAGAGACGAAGUUGUCGUUACGAUGGGCGUGCGAGUGGAAUUGUUCUAUACGGAAACCGUCGAUUUGAAUUCCGUCAUUGGCAAUGAGGGUCGAUUUGUUUGGGUUAAAGCACGUGGUCGUGGACGGAGCCGGCCAGACGGUAUCCCAAAAAAUCGGAACUGUGAUAUUUGCAACUGAUCAGUUACUUAAUUCCCUUGUUCCCAGCAUCGUUAAGUUUAAUACCAUACUUGUUUUAGAUUAGUGUUUUAUGCUCUUAAAUUCUUUUGAAGUUCCCUGUGCUUAAUUCCCACGCUAAAUAACUCCUUUUAAUCCGCAAUAUUUUAACGUAAUUUUUCUUUUAUUACGUCUUUGCGAUUUUACGUCUCAAAAAUGUAUUAUUUCUUUUAAAUACCCCCCAUCAGGCUUUCAUUUCGUAACAUUUCUGUUACACUGUAAAUGCUGAUUUGCAUAUUGUGAUAUAAUACUCGCUAUAUUUACGUUUUCUGUAAAUUCAUGCAUGUUGCCCCCGUUGUUUUGUUGCUGUUUUAUCUUUGUUGUUAUCAUUGAAAUUAUAAUCUUCAUUUUCUGUUAUAUUUUUAUCUCGCAAAAUAAAAAUUAUCAGGUACA